UUUUAUGAGAACAGUUCAGGCCGGGAUAAUUUGAAUGACUCAUGCACAAUCAUCUGCACACAUAAAUACUUUGGUCUGGCUCCAAGCCCAAGGACUCCAGUCUCCAACUCUCCAUCAGUCUCCAACUCUCCAUCAGUCUCACAGACAUCCCUUGAAUCCAGUUCUGUACAGUAUUGCCUCCCCGACGUCCCACUACUGCUUUAAUACUAUACUACUUUUGAAGCUUAAGAUUUAAUUCAAAUUAAUCAACAUGGAUUCUGAAGCAAAGCCAGUGGCAGCGGUCCCUAAUGCAGCAGCCUCUAGUGCAGCGGCCCCUAAUCCAGCGGACUCGGAGGGGAUGAAGCUGUGGGGUGGCAGGUUUGAUGGCUCAACUGACCCUGUUAUGGAACAGUUCAAUGCAUCCAUGUCAUAUGAUAAGGCAAUGUGGAAACAGGAUAUACAAGGCAGCAUUGCUUAUGCCAAAGCACUUCAUAAGGCCAACCUAUUAACUGAAGAGGAGAGCACCAACAUUAUUGCUGGUCUAGAGGUUGUGAAAAGUGAAUGGGCCAGUGAGACAUUCCUUAUUCAGCCAGGUGAUGAAGACAUCCACACUGCUAAUGAACGCAGACUCAAGGAAAUUGUUGGUGACGUCGGUGGGAAGGUUCAUACAGGAAGGAGUCGUAAUGACCAGGUGGCUGUUGAUAUGAGGUUGUGGCUUCGUGAACAUAUAUCACUUCUUGUGCCUCACCUUAUUAAACUGCUUCAGGUAUUUAUUGAACGUGCCAAGAAGGAGAAGACAAUUUUGAUGCCGGGUUAUACGCACCUCCAGAGAGCACAACCCAUCCGCUGGUCACACUGGCUGUUGAGCCAUGUGUGGCCUAUAGUAAUGGAUUUGAAGCGUCUUCAAAGUCUAUACUUGCGUGUCAACAUCUGUCCUCUGGGGUCAGGAGCCUUAGCUGGAAACCCCUUUAGGAUUUACAGGGAAGGCUUGGCUAAAGAACUUGGCUUUCAAGAAGUCACAAGAAAUAGCCUCCAUGCAGUUGGCGAUCGGGAUUUUGUUGUGGAAUAUAUGUUUUGGGCCAGUUUGUUAAGUAUACACUUGAGUCGCCUGGCUGAAGACCUCAUCCUGUUCUCCACCAGCGAGUUCGGCUUCGUGAAACUUUCUGAUGCAUAUGCCACUGGCAGUUCUCUGAUGCCCCAGAAGAAGAACCCAGAUAGUCUUGAACUGAUAAGAGGGAAGGCAGGAACUAUGGCAGGAAAUCUGUGUGGCUUUUUGAUGGUGUUGAAAGGAUUACCAUCAACUUAUAACAAAGAUCUACAAGAAGACAAAGUGAAAAUGUUUGAGACAGCUUCUACAAUGUUGGGGAUUCUUCAAGUGGCUGCUGGAACAGUGGCCACACUUACGGUAAAUGAGAAUGCCUGUCGAGAGGCCUUGUCUGAGGAGAUGCUUGCAACUGAUGUUGCCUAUUAUCUUGUGAAGAAAGGGAUGGCAUUCCGUAAUGCACAUGGGAAAGCAGGUGAAGUGGUAAAGUUGUCAGAGGAGCUUGGAUGCCCCUUGUCUGAACUUACCCUUGAUCAGCUUACCAAAAUUAGUCCCCUGUUUGCAGAAGAUAUUUCAUCUGUAUGGAAUUAUGAACACAGUGUUGAACAAUAUGAAGCAACUGGUGGGACAGCACUUAGCAGUGUCAACACACAGAUUACUGAAGCUGAAGAUUUCAUCAACACUUUCACACUACAGUAACCCAAGAAGGUCAUUAAAUUAGCUGCAAACAAAGCAAUUGAAAUUUUGAUGAUUUUCAACUUGUAGAAUUUUAUUUCUAAUCUUUUUUUAUUUUUAGUUUUUUGGAUGGAGCUUCAAGAAAAGUGUAAGGACUGGUUUUCAUAGUUGUAGUAGUAGUAGAAGUUUACCACUUGUAGACAGGAUCUCCUGUGUACUGAAUGAACUCAUCUGGCCUUAACCAAAUAAAAUGUUAAAAGUGGUGUCCUUGUAGUGAAGUGGUUAAGCGCCAUAAUUAAAAAACUGGCCCUAUGAUUUUUAUUUAUGAAUUUUAGGACCUUUGACUCUUAAAGUAUAUUUGAAGUAAUAUAUAACUUAUUUCAGGUUUUAUAUGUUUUGUGAUAUUUAAAGAGCCUCAUAAAAAACUGGCUGAACAUUUUUUUUUUUUUUUUCAAAUAUUCAAGGAUAAUGGCCAUUGUCAGAUAUACUGUAUGCACAUAUAGAGAUCUGUAGCUUGAAUCGUUUUAAAUCUGCAUAGAUGCCUUUUUUUUUUCUUUUAUUGCUUCCCUUUUUAGAGGCCAGUACUGUCACUCCAUCUGGUCCCCAAGAUAUGUUAGAGACAGUCAUUUGAUUGAAAACAUUCAAAGAUUGGUUCCUUCAUUGUGGUACAGUUGGCUCCACUCCUGCAUUUACAACUUAGCAUUGCCAAUCUUCUCUCUCCCUGAGGUGCGAACACUGAACUCUGAUUUCAAAAGUAUUCGCGAGAGGGUGAGAGGAGGGGUGUGUCGGGGUAGGUGUCUUUUUGUGGUGGGAACACGGGGUACUGUGGGUGAGGAGAAAAGUGUACAGUAUAUCAAUUGGGAGAGAUUACAAUGCAGAAUAAUGCUUUGACAAAAGAGGUUUCUUCAGCCGAGUGUAACCGUCUAGAGCUUGCCAGAUGAAAAUACUAUGUUUCAAUAGGAUGAGAGAGAGGGAUGAAUUCAUGUUCUAAGUGAGAUGUUCCUUUACAAAAUGGGGCAUUUACAGUAGGAGCAAAUGUAUAAUGAAUAUGCUUGAAUCUAUAAUAUAUCUUGUAGAAGCA